AUGUCCUGCAUCAUCAAGACUCCUCCCCCUCCCGCCAACGGUACCGUCCCGGACGUCAUGAGGCUCACUCAUAUCUUGACUCCGCCUGCUCAAGAGCCCGAGAUUUUCAAAUUCACAGCUCCUCCAGCGAACAUGGUCAACCAUACUCCGCCCGCCGACGAGUUUUCCGACGAUCCCGCCGACGAGAAACCCGUCUCGGCUGGUCACGCUGUAGACGACUCUGACUCCCAAGCCAACGUUCAGGUCGCUUCAGACGACGCCAUGAAUGUCGCUGCUACAUCCGAAGAUCCAGCUCAGACAGCUCACGCAGACAAUUCCAGCAUGGCCGAGAACGAUUCUGAGCAGAUGCCUCCUUCUUCUUUCAAGGACGAGUCGAUUAGCUCCCAGCCUGUUCAGAUAAUCUCUGAAGAUAUCCCUGCUUCCGACGGCAUCGAUCACGACGAUCGUGAAUUUGAGUGCGCCAACGAUGCGCAGACACGCUGCAUGACCGGCCAGUACAAGAUCAACCUCUCCCGCAAAGUCAUCUCCGACCACUUCGGCCGCAACAAAGCUUGCACCCGCGUGAUCGACUUCUGGCCCUUGUUCUGCCGCAAGCACUAUCAGCGCGCUACGUACAACAACAAGGCCUGGCAGGCUCGGAAGAUCUCUCUCAUCCUUGAGCAGUUUGACGAGAUUGACUAUCAAAUCCCUGGCACUCUAUACAACGUGGCGUUCAAGAAAUCGGAGGAGAACCGCCUUAACACCUACGCCCGCAAGAUCACCAUGGGUGUGAGCGAAGACAAGGCCGCCGAGAUGGUCGAGCCCCAGCAGAAUGGCAAGAACUUCGAGGCUCCGAUCAACGUCUUGCGUGAUUUGGAGGCUAACGGCCACUUGGGAAAGAACAAGACCUCCUACGAUGUUAAGAAUACCGUUGCGUUCAUUAAGGACAUGCUCGAGAACGAUGAGACCGCCAAUGUUCCUUCGAUCGAGUUCCUUCCUCAGCUCGACAGGAACGGCAAUGUCGUGACCUACGGCGUCCCCGCUACAAAGAAGACGGUUUCCAAGAAGACGGUCUCCAAGAAGAAGGCCUCUUCCUCCCGCGUCUCCUCCAAGGGCAAGGUCACCAAAUCAUCGUCUCGCAAGUCUUCUGGCAAGUCCAAACUCAAGGUCGAAGUUCACUCCGACGCCGACGCCUAGAUGCAUGGACGAUCCGCAACAAUGUCUGCUAUCAACCUCUUUCAGACUGCGCUGUUGCUGAAGAUCCUAGAUUAGGGUUUCCAUGUCAGUUUGAUUUCGUAUGGAUGAAUUGUCGUUGCCGCGUUCACCAUGAGCGCAUACUCAAGACUCGAUAUCCGGACAAGUUAAAAUCGCAACCAGAGUAUGUGUAAUUUCGCCACCUUCUUGAAUCAUCUCCCGUGUGGUAUCUUGUUUCGAACUCCUUCUUGCCUUCCAUCACAAUUUGCAUUCAUUGCUCAGGGCUGGGUCAGUAUGUUCUGGAACAUAUUGGACACGACAGGUUUGAAGCUCGGCUGGUGGACAUCAAUCUCGGGAGAAAAGCGCAUGGGUUACAUAUGGAUAGUUUGGUUGAAGCUGGGCUGGAUGGAAUCUCUUUGGUCAACUCCCUUUUUCCCUUUUUCCCUUUGUUACCCUUCUCUGCCAUCGUGGAUACCCUGGGGUCUUUCGGCGGCGCAUGAGCAUGGGAGACACAAAUUGAAACUGGAUGGGAUGUUGUUUCUUCUCUUUACUUGCCUACUUUCCUUUGUAUAUCUCUUUUCCCUUUGCGAUACCCCCGGGACACACUUUCGGCGUCUAGGCUGGGCUGGUUUCAUUCCUCUAGCUUU